GAGCAUGGUAAUUUUUCGGUGAUAUAUAUAAGGUGAAUAAUUACAAAAAUAAAUAGCGAGCAAGUUCAUCACCUGAGGAAACAACUGGGUCUCACGCAUGCCAGAAAAAGAUACUCGUCCACAGUCAUGAAUUUACUAUACGCAGUGAGCUUGUUCUGCGCAAUACACACAGUAUUAUGCGAUGACAACAGCAUCGCAUCUCUCUUUGGAACAUCUCCCAGGCAGGACUUAAAUUUCGUAGACUUGGCAAACUACGACGGUUAUACAGCUGAACAUCAUUACGUAACCACUGAAGAUGGAUACAUUCUGGGCUUGUUCAGGUUACCCAUCAAGGCAAGCUGUAAUGCCUCGAAAGGCGUCAUUAUGUUCUUCCACGGCCUCUACCUCAGCAGCGAUGACUGCCUCAUACCAGGUCCUGGUAAGGCUCACUGCUACGUUUAUGCCGAUAACUGCUAUGAUAUCUGGGCUCCCAAUGUAAGGGGAAAUUUCUACAGCAGAAACCACACAACCUACAAUCCCGAUAGUGAUUCAGAGUUCUGGGACUUUUCGGUAGACCAAAUGGCACUAUAUGAUCUACCGGCAGCUAUAGAUUACGUUUUAGCAGAGACAAACGAAACACAGUUAUCGUACGUAGCCCAUUCGCAAGGAGUUAGUAUGUUAUUAAUUCUUUGCGCAAAGAAACCUGAAUACAAUGCGAAGAUCAAAGUUGGCUUCGGGCUUUCACCGACAGCUUGGUUGGACCACUCUAGAUUCAUCAUAAUUAAGCUUCAGAGUAUUCUUGCCCCGGGAUUGACUCUAACUGACAACUUACUAAAUGUAGAAGUACUGAAACGUAAUGGUUUAGUUAAUAACGCCGCAGAACUUCUGUGUGGGACCACUUAUCUAGCUUAUCCUUUCUGUUCUGUGUUAAUCUUCGCGGUUUUAGGUUAUAACAAGUUCCAGAUUACUGAUGAUGUUUUGCCUGUGGUCGUUGGUCACAUUCCUUCGGGCACUUCUCUGAGGAACUUCGUCAGAUGGGGACAGAUCCAGAAUAACGGCUUCUCUGAAUACGAUUACGGGCUAGUUAAAAAUCUCAUUACAUAUAAAAAGAGGAGCCCGCCACUAUACGAUUUAUCUCCUAUAACCAUGCCAUGGGUGUUAUUCGCCAGUGAAAAUGAUUAUGUUGCCAACGUAACAGACGUCAAAUAUCUUGCAUCGAAAUUAAAAAAUGUUUCAGUAUGUGUACUUUCUGAUACUACUUUUGGUCAUUUAGACUUUAUUUAUGGGAAAGAUAUACCUAAUUAUCUGACUCCACCUAUUCUGUCAUAUCUGGAAACUGGUGCAUAUACUUGCCCAUGAAUGAGUAAAUAAAUAACAUGUUCAGCAUA